UCCAAGAACCCAGCUCACCUGAUACCUUCCAUGGGUAUAAUACAGUCUAGCUGCAUGGUGAAACACCGCACAUUUCCAGACCUCAAGGUGGACCAGAUGACAGAGCCGCUCAUUGGAGCUGAGGUCUCCAUCACCACGUGUGGUGCAUCUGAAGACCCAAGACUAGGGCGAAGCUGUGCCCGCUCAUGUGCUGCCCGCAACCAAAGCGAUGGGCGCCUCUUCACUCGCCGCCAUUCUGGGGCCUUUUUGCUAGCCGGAGCUAUGGACUUCUGCUGCCGGAUUGGAGUCCGCAUGGGAG